AUGGACUCUGGCAUUGACUCCGACGCCGACGCCGACGCCGACAUGCCGUCCCUGAGUACCUACCUAUCUCAUGUUCGCCGUCUAGUGUUUCGACCGAAGAGGGCCUCGUCGACCGGAGGCACAAACGCGUCAGGCUCGGGCAACGAACAGUUGAUACUCGUGAUGGGAAACCCCUCUGCCGACCUGGACAGCUUUGUGUCGGCGGUCGUGCUGUCGUACUUCUACAACUUCCAUUCCAACUCGCGAAUAGCACAUAGCACCGGCUCUUCCUCCGCACCUCCAGGGAACGAACAUGGUACCAAGACUACGGAGAGGUAUGUGCCCGUCCUGAAUCUGCCUAGCGUAAAAGCCCAUGAAUUAUGGCGACUCAGACCUGAGUUUGGGGUUGCGAUGCGGUGCGCUUUGGGCGAGUCUGCCAGCGAAGUCCGGAACGAGAGCGAAAGGGAUGCGUGUACGCAAGGCAAAGGCGCAGUCAUAGACAAGGUCACGCAAUUGGAGGAUCUGAUUACGAUCGCCGACGUCAAAAGUGAUCCGGAGUCAAUCUUCCAUUCUCUAUUCUCGGACUCGGAUAAGGCCAGGGAGCUGCGAGCAUCUGAGCAGAGACCGGUUGAGGACUCCAGCAACAUUACUCCUACUACGACGGGCGACCCACUACCACUAUUUCUCGUGGACCAUAAUGCGCCAUCAAUCCCUGGCCUGUCCGACGAAAGCAUACACUCUCGUUUCACCGUGGUCGGCUGCAUCGAUCACCAUGCUGACGAAGGCUACGUGGCCCAAGACGCAUCGCCCCGGAUCAUCACCACAGGUAUAGGCAGCUGCACGAGUCUCGUGGUCAAGCACCUUAUAGACCGCGGCAUGUGGCCCAGGCCCUGUAUGAAAGGUGGCCAUGAUCGUGAUAGUAGCAGUGGCGGUAGUGGCAAUCCGUCAACCACAAUGCAUGGAGCCGGUUCAAGCAUCCAAGAAAUCAGCAGACUUGCCCUUGCACCCAUCUUGAUCGACACCUCCAAUCUCAAAGGUAAAGGAGACAAGUGUUCCGACAUAGACCGCGAGGCUGUUGCAUUUCUCGAAUCGGGCCUGACCCCGGCACGUCGCAACUCGACCACGAACGCGAAAGCAGAAUCCAGUUCGGAUUCAGGUGUGCACCCUCCAGCGAGCUCGGACAACGCAUAUACAGCGUGGGAUCGCGAUGCGUUCUACCACGCCAUCGCCAACACCAAAGCGAACUCGCUCAACCUCCUGACCAUGCAGGAAACGUUCGACCGGGACUACAAAGUCUGGCGCGAGCCUGUAGAGAGCAUAUCCAGUCCCGAGUCGUCGACAGCGUCGACCUCCGAGCCUGAACAGGUCGGUGUCAACAUCGGCAUGUCCAGUCUCGUCAAGCCGCUCUCGUGGCUCGUCAAGCACGCAGGCGGCGUGGACAAGUUCGUCCAAGAAGUCCAGGCCUUCGCCACGGCGCAAGAUCGGAACUUGGGCGUCUUCGGCAUGUUGACCCGCGCCGGGCAGGGCAAGGAGGUGGUUGUCCUUGUCUUGGACGAAAGCUUGAACAGGUUGAGGUUGAUUCCGCAGUUCCAAGAAACCGCUGGAGAGUUGAAGCUGAACGAUUGGAACGAGGAUGCGGCGUUGAUGGACGCUUUCGACAAGAGCUUGUCGUGCCGUAACGGUCGCUGCAAGAUCUGGUGGAUGGGCGAUACGAGUAAAAGUCGGAAACAGGUCGGGCCGUUGUUGAGGGAGGCUGUUAGAAAUGUGUGA